UUUCAAACACUUAAUGCAUUUAGGGACUGAUCUGGUGCAGAAAAUAUCCCUGACAUUUGGAGCGCUGCGGGCUGAGCGAGCAUGCGCCGGCCCCCUCCCGGGGAAGGGGAAGCUCGUUUACAUACGAGUCAUACCAGGCAUAGUCGGCGUGUCAGCGCAGUUAACUUGCAGCGGGCUGCGAGGGACGCGAGCGCCGCUUUGUCCUAGGAAAUGUGCUUCGUGUUUUUCCUUCUUGCUCCUUUCUCAUGUCGAAGAAAGACCCAUAAAGACUUCUGAAACGAUUUUUAAACGCUUGAUUGAGGGUCUAGUACGUAAACCCGCUACCCACAAACCCUUGAAGGAUUUUCUGCAAGUUCGACUUUUUUUGUGCGUUUUUUUUUUUUUUAAACUUUUACUUACUUUGUUUGGAUCAUCCGAGGCUGGGCCUCCGUCUUUGUGAAGUUUAAGAGAAGAGCCUGGAGCUACUCAGCCAUAACUGAUUUUUGAAACGUACGCUUUUGGGGCGAAAGCAAAGAGCUGGUUUUCUGUGCUCGCCCAAUAAAUGCUAUUUAUGAAGAUGGACCUGUUGAACUACCAGUACUUGGACAAGAUGAACAACAAUAUCGGCAUUCUGUGCUAUGAAGGUGAAGCUGCUCUCAGGGGGGAGCCCAGGCUGCAGACCCUCCCCGUGGCAUCUGCCCUCACCAGUCACCGCACCGGCCCCCCGCCCAUCAGCCCCAGCAAGAGGAAGUUCAGCGUGGAGCCAGGGGACGAUGACCUGGACUGUGAAAGUGACCAUGCCACCAAGAUGAGUCGCAUCUUCGCCCCCCACCUGAACAAGACGACCAACGGCGACUGCCGGAAAGACCCCCGGGAGCGGAGCCGCAGCCCCAUCGAGCGAGCCGUGGCCCCGACCAUGAGCCUGCACGGCGGCCACCUGUACUCGUCCGUCCCCAGCCUCAGCCUGGAGCAGCCCCUCGCACUGACCAAGAACAGCCUGGACGCCAGCAGGCCGGCCGGCCUCUCGCCCACCCUGACCCCCGUGGAGCGGCAGCAGAACCGGCCCUCGGUGAUCACGUGCGCCUCUGCCAGUGCCCGCAACUGCAACCUGUCCCACUGCCCCAUCGCGCACAGCGGCUGCGUGGCCGGCCCGGCCAGCUACCGGAGGGCCCCAAGCUCCGCAGCCACCUGCGACCCCGUGGUGGAGGAGCACUUCCGCAGGAGCCUGGGCAAGAACUACAAGGAGCCCGAGCCGGCGCCCAACUCGGUGUCCAUCACAGGCUCCGUGGACGACCACUUUGCCAAAGCCCUGGGCGACACGUGGCUUCAGAUCAAGGCGGCCAAGGACGGCGCAUCAAGCAGCCCCGAGUCGGCCUCCCGCCGGGGCCAGCCCGCCAGCCCCUCGGCCCACAUGGUCAGCCACAGCCACUCCCCCUCCGUGGUCUCCUGAAGGGAGCGCCGCCCGCCGACACGACGUCCAUCUGCAUGGUUUGCCUGCGCUUCGAACAGUCAGUGCUUAAAAAAAUGGAAAAACAACAAAAAAAUUGGGGGUGGGGGGAAGGGAGGGAUGGUUUCUUCGCAAAAACCAUGUCGUGGGGAUUUCUGUUGUGUUUUGUACUUGCCGGGUCGGGUGUCCGUACACGGGCCCUGGACCGUGACCAGAGGACUGAGCGCAGCCUCUGUCCGACGCAGCACCUGACCUCCUGCCUCAGUUACCAAAGAGACCUCUGACGCAGGGCUGCUGCGCCGACAGGGGCCCGGGCCUCCGGUGACCCCGACGCCCUGUGCUUUUCCAUUUGCUUCUUGAGACCCGGUGCGCGGCUCAGCGUCCAGCCCGCGUGUGUGCGCUCGUGUGUGUGCGUCUACUUGAAGAGAACGGAGCUGUCGUGUCUGAUUUGCACUAUGGGAGGACAGAAGUUGCCUGCCUGGCAACUCUGUGAGAUGCUAGCACUCUGAGAGCAAACUGCUGAAAAACAAAGGGUUUAAGGAUGACAUUUCUGACCGUUUGUGUGUGUGUUUGCUUUUGUUGAACUUAGGACCGCUCUGGAAGGGGAAGUCUCACGCAGGUUGUAGGCCUUUCUCUGUCUAGGUUUCAGGUGCUUGCAACUGGACUGCAGACUGCCAGCCACGGGCAUUUUACCUUCUCUGAACACUGCAGCUUGUCAGACGAGAGUGGAGGCUGGCGGUUCCGCAGCGCUUUAAACGUGAUGCGUGUUUUAAUGGAUAAAAAUAGCUGGUUUCUAUUAAUUGUAUAGUCAGUAAACAAAAACCUUAAUCCUUACUAGCUUCCUUUCAGAGUUAGUUUACUUUCAUCAGUUACAGCCCUAGGCAUACUCACUGCUGGUACAGUUGUGCUCAAAGAUGUGUAUUUGAUACUCACGUUCCUCCCAAGCAGUGCGGGGCCGCUCGGCCCCGGCCGGCCCUGGAGACGGGCAGGUGAGCGGCUGGUCAGCCUCAGUGUCGGAUGCUGGAGUUUCAGCUGCAGGCCGACACCAUUUAUUUUUUUGCAUCCCUGUCUGCUUACUCGCUCCCAGGGGAGCUGGGGUUUGUGUCUCCCACCUACCCUCGAUGCAGAAACUACUCCCUUUAACCUCUUGGCUGAAGAGCAGAUUCCUGACAAUCUGUGAUACGGUAUUUUGUAUGCUUCCUCAUACGCUGGGGCCAAGGCAGUAUACAUUCCUCUGACUUUAUACAGUUAUUACUGCGUUUAUUACACGUUUGCUCUAGAAAUAGCUACUAACUAGAAGUUAGGUGAAGAAGAAAGCAUGACAGACCCAGCUGUGGAUGCUCAACAGCUGCUCCUCUUGCUGGUAAACGUUUCCGUGCCCCCGCCUGUCCCCUGCGCUCCCUGCCAGCCCCGCCCACCCGCGGGCUUGAGCCCUCACCUGGCCAGGUGAUGCAGGCACGACCCCCUCUCCCAGGGGAGCCCUCGAGGCUGGCUUUCAGUGUGAGGAAAAUACAGGUGAGCUGGUUAAUUCUGAAAGCUGGCACUGGGUGAAGAGGUGGGAGGACUGGCUCCUGUGGCCACAGGGUGGCUGCAGGUCUUCGGAAAGGCGGGAGACGAGCCCUCCUCUGCCUCCCCCCACGUCUCCCCCCCUCUUAACUGGGCUUCCAGGCUUUUGCAUUCAGGCCCCUAUAUUUUCUGUAGGAAAAAAAUCGUUGAAAACACUUUUUUUAUAUAGGUAACUUUAAGACCAUCAUUACGCUGUGCGUAAAGAAUGUACAGAGAAAUUUGUAGGUAUUUUUUGAAGAACAAUUAAUUUGUUAAUGAUAUGUAGCUAUUUAAUUUUUCCCUUUCCUAUUGUCCUAUUGUAAUCAUUCAUAUUUUUUUUGUUUGGAAAAAAAAGUUGAUCUUUUUUUUUUGGUCGUAGAAGUGUCUGUAAAAGUGCAGGAACACAGUUAUUCUAUGAGAUCACUGCAUCUGCCUUAAUAGCCACUAGUUUGUUAUUGCUACAGGCUACUGAGAGUCGCCACAGGAAAACAACCCGCUGCGGGCGGCUCUGUGCAGAACGGCCCCUCCGGGCCCACCGUCCGCCACUGAGGCCGUCGCUUUGGGAAGGGACGGUGGCGCGGAGGGCCAGGCCCCGGUGCGCUGACCUAUCUGGGAUAGGCAGCCCCCUGGAGGGGGCCUGGGGCGGAUGGUGGCCGGGAAGGGACACUCCCUGGCCUCGGUGGGGGAAGGGGGGCUCAGUGAGGUUCUUCACAGAGCCGCGCCGUACGCAGUGCGUUUUGACCAUUCUCUCCGUGUUUGUAAAUCUGUAAUAUACCAUUCUCUGUGGCCUGUUUUUCCUGGAAGAAGAAGAAAAAAAAAGGUUUGGCAGGCCAUCUUUUUUUUGUACUUAAAAGUAGCCUUAAGAACAAUAAUAAAGUGCUCUUAAACCACA